UGAAAAGUGAAAAAUUUCACGUAAAGUUACAUGACCCCCUGGUGCUACAAAUAUUUCGAGCAUUUUUUGGUCAAUUUAUAGAAUUCUUUGUUUUGAUUGGUCAAACGCUUCGAAGCUUUUGUAGCGCUAAAUAGCGAAUCGUACUUAUAUUUCGUUUUCUCGCAGACAUUUAUUCCAGAGAUUUUCUCUUCUUACAUUUUGUUUUUAUUCUAUGAUAUAUGCGCAGAAUGAAGUGCGCGCUUUGUCUUCCGUUCUCUCUCUCACUCUAUGAUUUAUUUGAUGCAACAAAUGAUCGCGUCUAAUAGAAUGCUUAUUUUGCAACUAUUGGAAAUUAGUUUUUUUUUAAUAAUGAAACGUACAAUAAAUGGAAUAUUAUUUUAACAGUGAGAGAGGAAAGUCAAGACAAAUCAAAAACAUCGUUUUUUUUAUAAGGAGAUUGAAGAAAAAGAGAGAUAUACUAUGUGGAGUUGUGACUAGAUGAUUGAAAGUUUAUUUUCAGGAAAAAAGAUUAAUUCGUAAAAGAAAGAUUACGAAGUGUUCUUCAGAUUUUGCUAUAAAUGAAAUAAAUUUCAACGAAGGAUUUUAUCUUUUAUAUAUACAUGUUAUAUAUAAUUGUUUUCAUACAAAGAAGAUAAAAAUAUCAAGAUAUGUCUACCUUCGAGUGUCGGGUGAGUUCUGUACGAGAAAAGAAUGUUAAAUCUUAUGGAAAGAUGAAUAUGUUUGACAAUUACGAAGAAACAUGUUGGAGCUCUGAUGUGGGAACUCCACAAUGGGUUGUUAUUAUCUAUGAAAAAGAACAUACUCUAUCCAGCUUUAAAAUAGAAUUCCAAGGUGGAUUUGUAGGAAAAAAUUGUCACGUAGAAGCUGGCAAUGACAGAAAAGAAUUAACAAUUGUUGAAUCUUUUUAUCCAAAAGACAAAAAUGGGUUACAGUACUUUCUCUUAAAAAAUCAUGUUACAGCCAAGAUUUUUAAAUUUGUAUUUAAUGAAAGCACAGAUUUCUUUGGCAGGAUUAUUAUAUAUAAUUUCUUGUUGUACAGUAAAGAAAAAGAAUGUCCUGAUUGAUACUUUAAAUAUAAUUUUAUACAAGAAAAGUCCAU